CUAUAAAUAUAUAUACAAGUUGUAAAUCAAAAGCUAUUACUACUACUAUAGUGCAGAAAAUAUUUCCAUAUCUUUUAGGGUUAUUUGUACUCGUGUCUGCAACAUGAAUAAAUUCUUCAAAAGCUCGAAAAUGCCACUGAGUCUCUUUAAUGAUGUCAACCGACUAGUCCAAUUAUCUGCACGCAGUCAUAGGGCCCGGCAGCUGUGCCAACUUGUUGAAACAGAUGAGUCCCGAAGAUUAAUGGAGGGUAUCGUUACAAGUUCUGUAAAUUAUGUUCCAUUAACACCCAUAAGUUUCUUGGAGAGAGCAACAAAUGUUUUCUACGACAGAACAUCGGUUGUAUUUGGCUCUUCUGUGAGGUACACUUGGGAAGAGACACACUCUAGGUGUCUAAAACUUGCUUCUGCUUUGGUUCAACUUGGGAUUUCUAGGGGAGAUGUGGUUGCAAUUCUGGCUCCCAAUGUACCAGCAAUGCAGGAACUGCAUUUUGCAGUCCCAAUGGCCGAAGCAGUUCUUUGUACAUUAAAUACUCGUCUUGAUUCAUCAAUGAUAGCUGACUUGCUGAAACAUUCAGAAGCCAAGAUCAUAUUCGUUGAUCAAAAAUUGUUCCAAAUUGUUCAAGGAGCACUCAAUCUUCUAUCAAAAGACAAAACAAUUAAAAGACCGAUUCUUGUGUUAAUCCCUGAAUCUGAGAAUUCCUCUCCUCCCAUAAACGAGACAUAUGAUAUUUAUGAAUACGAAACUCUUUUGGCAAGUGGGAGUAGCAAUUUCACAAUAAGGUGGCCCAAAGCUGAAUUGGACCCAAUCAGUAUAAAUUACACUUCUGGCACAACGUCAUCACCUAAAGGGGUUGUGUACAGUCACAGAGGUGCAUAUCUCAAUGCUAUUGCAAUUUUUUUGGGUCAUGGCAUGGGUCCGAUGUCUACGUACCUUUGGACACUUCCAAUGUUUCACUGCAACGGAUGGUGCUUGAUUUGGGGAAUGGCUGCAUUGGGUGGAACAAACAUUUGCCUUAGGCAUGUCACUGCAAAACAUAUAUUUGAAAGUAUUUCUCUCCACAAUGUCACGCAUAUGAGCGCAGUACCAACUGUCUUGAAUAUGAUAGCAAAUUCUCCACCUAAUGAAAGGAAUCCACUUCCACAUAAGGUCGAAAUAAUGACGGGUGGAUCACCACCGCCUACACAAAUCCUUUCCAAAAUGGAGCAACUCGGAUUUGGAGUAUCCCAUGGAUAUGGACUAACAGAGACUUACAGUGCAGCUACAUCUUGCUUGUGGAAGCCCGAGUGGGAUUCUUUGCCCCUUGAGGAACGAGCCACAAUUAAAGCGAGACAAGGGGUGCAACAUCUUUGUGUUGAAAAAGUUGAUGUUAGAGACCCUGAGACCAUGGAAAAGGUGCCAGCUGAUGGAAAGACCAUUGGUGAGAUUGUGUGCCGAGGGAAUACUGUGAUGAGUGGAUAUUUGAAGGAUGCUAAAGCAACCGAAGAAGCUUUUAAAGGAGGAUGGUUUCACACUGGUGAUCUUGCGGUGAAAUAUCCAAAUGGCUACAUAGAAAUUAAGGAUCGGCUGAAAGAUAUUAUAGUUUCUGGAGGUGAAAAUAUAAGCACACUCAAUGUGGAAAGUGUUUUAUAUAGUCAUCCAGCAGUUAUUGAAGCAGCAGUAGUCGCACGACCAGAUGAUCAUUGGGGACAAACACCUUGUGCAUUCGUGAAGUUGAAAGAAGGAUUUGAAGAAAUUACAUCACAUGAAAUAAUUAAAUUUUGUAGAGAUCAUUUGCCUCAUUACAUGGCACCUCGAACAGUCCUUUUUGAAGAUUUACCAAAAACAUCAACUGGCAAGGUACAAAAAUUCAUCUUGAGGGAGAAAGCAAAAGCUUUGGGCAGUCUUUUCAACGCUGAAAGAGAAGUGCAAUAAGUGUAUAGCAAAAAAAUGUGCGGACAUCACUUAUUAUUCUUUGCUAUUUACUGGUAUUGUUAAUGAUAUGUGUUCGCAACAAAUUUUCGUCGACGCUGAAAAUUAAUUGCAAACAAAAAUAAAAUAAACAAAAAGAAUAAUUUUAUUUAAGGAAUUUUGCGGG